AUGAGCAGACUGUCUGAAGAAAAUGAAGCUUUGAUUCUGAGAACCAAAAAAACGUGGAUGGGAAUCAGCCUGCCUGGGGGCGAGUCGUCUUUUAUGUCUCUGAGUCAGCAUUUCGGCCGUUUCCGUGGGGUCCGUCGACGAACAGACUCCAUCUGUUCUCUAUACAGUCUUAAUAAUAAGCUCUUUUGGCCAGAGGCCCUUAUCCGCCCAUCUCAGUCCUUCUCACGAUUCCCGAUCGGUUUUAUUUAGCUCUUUAAACACUUUAUUUGGGCUCUUUUUUCGUCUGACUACAGUACAGAGCUGAGAUUUCGUGAGAUUAAUCUAGUCUCCGUGCGCGGAAAGAGUUAACGGGGUAUGCAAAUGCGCGGCAUUGAUUCGACCCAAAAAACGGCUGGGGUGAGAGGUCCUAUCCUCAAAUUUCGUCAUGAUUUAUCUGCUGACCGUCCCUCUCCAGGUGUUUGCUCAUUUUUGGUCCUGAGAAUUUAACGACUUUCGGGCUUGUCUGUGAAAAUUUCCCCCAUAUUCUUGGGGUUUUAUUUGCUUUGAGGGGUCUUGUUUUGGAGUGGAGGUGUAGUGAGGAGACAGCCAUUAGGGUACCCCUGACCGCGUUCUGGCCCCGUUCUGCGUUAUAUCUCUGCGCUCGCUCUCCUAUUCCCCCCACUUCUCAGCGGCACUCCAAGCGCCAUUCGAGCGGCGUUGCGCGUACCCGGCCACCCCCAGAUCUUUGCCGAUCUCCAUUCCCCUGCUGCUUAUCUCUAUUUUAGUUUUUACUUUCAGCCAAGAUGCUGGGCAUCCCAUUCCUGGACGAUGCUGUCAGUCGAAUAUUUAAACCACAAACUUUCGAUGAUCCUAUUGACCGUCUCAACUAUUUUAUUACGGCGAGUUUAUUAGCGUUUUUUGCUAUUAUGGUAUCAGCAAAACAAUAUGUGGGGGCACCAAUUCAAUGCUGGAUGCCCAUGGAGGUAAGGGUUGUCCUUUUUUCAGAAAUUUAACGUUAAAGAGAAACACUUAUAAAAACUUACCUAUAUAAUUUAGUUCAAAGGCGGAUGGGAGCAAUAUGCCGAAGACUAUUGUUUUAUCCAGAACACUUACUACGUUCCCAUGGAAGAAGAGAUCCCCCAGGAGAUUUCUGAUCGAGACGAAAGACAGUUUGGAUAUUAUCAGUGGGUUCCAGUAGUACUGGCCCUUCAAGCCUUCAUGUUUUAUAUCCCUAACUGGAUUUGGAAGACACUUCACCAACAGAGCGGUAAGUUACGACGUAUAAAUAUAAUAAUAUAUUCCAAGGUCUUGAUCUCGGAACUGCUAUCAGCGAUGCCCAAAAUAUAAGGGCGAUGAAGUGCAAGGACAAACAGGAAGAGUUCUGCAAACUCUCGUCCUAUCUCAGCGAGUCUCUGGAGAUCAACAACCCCAGGCCCAUGCCUCGGUCUGUUUUCUGUCUCCGACUUGGCCGUUCUUUGGGUUCCUACGUGUCCAUGUUGUACUUGUUGACGAAGUUCCUCUACUUGGUCAAUGUUUUCGGACAGUUCGUCCUUCUGAACAACUUCAUUGGCCGAGGAUUUCAUCUCUGGGGCUGGACUGCUCUUCAAACACUAUGGUCGGGGGACGAAUGGACUGAUUCUCCUGUAUUCCCAAGAGUUUCCAUGUGCGAUUUCAGGGUCAGACGUCUCGCAAAUAUGCAUAGAUACACAGUUCAAUGUGUAUUGAUGAUCAACAUGUUCAAUGAAAAGAUUUACCUCUUCAUUUGGUUCUGGUUCAUGUUUGUAGCCAUCUCUACAAUCAUCAACUUCUUUUAUUGCUUCUCUCAGAUGGUCCCAAGCAGAGCCAGAGAGAAUACCGUCAAACAAAUGUUGAGCCGGGAAGAUUACCAGGAUCUCAUGAAUAAUCCUGCAGCCAGCAGAGUGAUCUCCAAUUUCGUUAGCAAUGGACUCCGACCAGGUAAUUUUUUGUCGGAGAUCGACGAUUGGGGAAAAAGACAAUUGUGGAAGUUGAAAAAUAUUUUCUCCUGUGUGGUUAAAACAUAACAGAGCUUGGGAUUACGGCAUUGUAUGGCUGCGAAACUUACAACUAUUGUAACUUUUUAAUUUUUGCCCGCAGUUUUUUUACGCUCUUUCAAAUGGUAUAUAUGGGCGAUGAUUUAAAAAAUUUUAAUCGCACAAGUCCGUCCGAACCCUGCAAAUUUAGUACAAAGUUAAAAGUUGCGCAAUCUGACACAACGUUGCGCAAUUUCUCUUUUUAUAAAAAUUUCUGCCUUUCUCUGUCGCCUCCUCCUCCCCUCCUUCUUUUUUUGUGAACUUUUUACUUUGUACUAAAUUUGCAGGGUUCGGACGGACUUGUCCGAUGAAAUUUAAAAAUCAUCGUCCAUAUAAGGAUGGUGACAUACGCAUUAAAUUGGUUGUCGUGGCCAGAAACGAUUCUUGUCUGUUAGGCUUCUAGACAAGAAAUGCGCAUUUCUAUGCGUAUGUCACCAUCCUUAUAUUAUGUUUCAAGAAAAAAACCAGGGGACAAGGUUUAGCCGAGCCCUUGUUAGACAUCAGAUUUUUAUUUAUUUUUUCAGAUGGAGUGCUUCUUCUGCGUUUUAUUGAAGGCCAUGCUGGCGCCAUUGUUGCCAAAGAUAUCUGCAAUCGAUUGUUCAAGAAUUACUUGGAGUGUCUUCAAGUUGACAUUGCCAAGAGGCAGUUUCUUGGCCCUCCGGGAUCUCAUUCUACCAAAUCCACCUCUCCGGGGGUAGAGGAGACUUACGGGGAUCGGACCCUUCCAGAUUAUCAGGAAAAGCUUCUUCAGCCUGAUUCCAGCUUCGGUCUAGGAAAGCCGAAAUACGUGUAA